AUGCGCUCCGGUGACAUGCCCAAGUCCAUGCUGGGCACUUUCAGAUACAUCAUCCGCAGUAAUGGAAUCCUCGGCCUGUACAACGGCCUGUCCGCCUCCCUGCUGCGCCAGCUCACCUACUCGACCGUCCGAUUCGGCAUAUACGAGGAGCUCAAGAACCGAAUGACGCAGAAGAACGGCGGGAAACAGCCCCCAUUCCCCAUCCUCGUCGCGCUGUCGUCCGGCGCCGGAUUCAUUGGCGGCAUCUCAGGCAACGCGGCCGACAUCUGCAACAUCAGAAUGCAGCACGACACGGCCCUGCCACCGGACCAGCGGCGGAACUAUAAGCACGCCCUCGACGGCAUGCUGCGGAUGGCCAGGGAGGAGGGGCUCAUGAGCUGGUUCCGCGGCGUACUGCCAAACAGCAUGCGCGCUGCUGCCAUGACGGCCAGCCAGCUGGCGAGCUACGACACCUUCAAGAGGCUGUUGAUAGGAUACACGCCCAUGUCGGACAAUCUCGGUACCCAUUUCACGGCCUCCUUCCUAGCGGGCGUAGCCGCCGCAACAGUCACCAGCCCUAUCGAUGUCAUCAAGACUAGGAUAAUGUCCCAGAGUGGAAAGAGCGUGGGCAUUGGGACGCUGCUGAAAGAUAUCACGGCUGCGGAGGGAUUGGGGUGGAUGUUCAAGGGUUGGGUUCCCAGUUUCCUCAGACUUGGACCGCAAACCAUCUGUACUUUUGUGUUCUUAGAGAUGCAUCGCAAGGCAUAUAGAAAGGUGCAGGACUUGGGUGAGCCGCAGUGA